CGCUCUCCGAUCUCACUGACAGCAGCAGUUAGGGCGAAUACACAGUCAGCGCCACCUAGCGACAGCAGAGCGCCGUGCACGGUCCAGUGACAGCUGAUCCCGAUUGCUCCUGUGCCACCUUCAGCAGUCCACUCACAUGAGCGCCCUGUCCAUCAGCCUGGAGUCUCCCUAUGCCGCCUGGGGCAUGGAGCCCACCAACUUCUACGAGCAGAGACUGAGCAGCUCCCCUGCCCUGUGUAAGCCCCGUGCCAUGUGCGAUGAGUCGGAGCCGCCGGUGAGCAGCGGGGGCACCCUGGCAGAGCUGAGCGCAGCCCAAGCCAUCUAUGAUGAUGAGAGCGCCAUAGACUUCAGCUCGUACAUUGACUCCAUGGCCUCGGUGCCCAACCUGGAGCUGUGUAACGACGAGCUGUUUGCGGACUUAUUCAACAACAAUCACAAGAACGGCGGCGGGGAGCGUGCAGACUGCGGGGGCGACUAUCUGAGCGGCCUCCUGGCCCCGCAGCACCCAGGGGGCAAGUUACACGUGCAGCAGCAGCAGCUGAAGAAGGAGCCGGAGUGGAGUGACAGUGACAUGCCAUCCUCCCUACCCUGCCAGAUCGCUACCUGUGCCCAGACCAGCAUGAGUCUGCAGCCCACCCCGCCCUCCUCCCCGGAGCCCUCCAGUAGCCCCAGCUCCGCAUGCCCAUCCCCUGCCUCCUCCACCACCAAGGACAGGACGGGGGGCAAAAAGAACUUGGACCGCUUCAGCCCCGAGUACCGGCAGCGCCGGGAGCGCAACAACAUCGCGGUGAGGAAGAGCCGGGACAAGGCGAAGAAGCGGAACCAGGACAUGCAGCAGAAGCUGCUGGAGCUCUCCUCCGAGAACGACAAGCUGCACAAAAGGAUUGAGCUCCUCACCAGGGACUUAACCAACCUCAGACACUUCUUCAAGCAGCUGCCCCCCACAGCAGGGGGCGCCUUCCUCUCCGGUCUGGGAGGCAUAGACUGCCGGUAACCUGCAGCCAAGGACUGUGAUGAUCAUAUCUAACUGAAUACCUCAGCCCAGCAGAGGGCUCCAGUGAGCAGGGGGGCUGUACAGCCACCCCACAUGCUGGGACUUUUUAAGACUGAGCCAACAGCAGACUGUUUUUUUUUUUCUAUGUUAUUCUAGUGCAAUAAAGCUGUGUUGCCAAUAUCUUGCAGAAGUGCUGUGCCCCUUGUGUGGCAGACAGCUCACCCUGUCCUCUCUGGCAUGCAAGAGCUGGCUUCCUAUCAAGUAUUGUAACUAAAGGUGCAGGGGUGCCAGCACUUUUCUCUAUGACCUGAUGGAUGUGAUGCAGCCUAAAUAUAUAUAUAUAUAUAUAUAUAUAUAUAUAUAUAUAUAUAUAUAUAUAUAUAUAUGCUUCAGCCUAGCAUACGUGGUACAGACUGUAGCCUGGGCGAGGGUUGCUGUGGAGCCCUGUCAUCAGUGCCUUGUCCUGCUAAGAGCCCAUGUGAAGCCAUCCCAGUAGCAGACACAUUUGACAUGUUCUGUUAUUAGUGCCUUAUUACUUUGGCUGAAGCAGCCUGUAGCUGGAAGUACUGUAUGGGGAAGGCACAUUUUGGGCAGUGCCAAACAGAAAUUGUGCUGGUCUUCAGUUUCUCUAUUGAAUGUGUAGCCAAUAAUCGUGCUACUCCCCCCGACCCCCUGGAAAUAUAGAACUAUAAAUAUAUAUGUAUUUUUUCCAUUCUCUAAGACAAAGCUAAUACAUUUCCCUUCCUUAAAUUAUUUUUGUAAUGUUUAGUUUUCUAUACCCGUGUAUUGAUGCAGCUAUGGUACAUUUGUAAAGUGAUCUCGAAGAUAAAAGACUUUGUAUUGUAGAUAUUAGGGACAGAGAAUGAGCAUGCUCAACUUUUUAUAUGAUAAUCUUUACGACAUUUGUAAGAAUAAAACCUUAAAAUGC